AUGGACAAUCUCCCUGUCGAGAUAACCUUAAAUAUAUUUUAUCGAUUCUCAGCUGAAACAGUCUUGGAAUGUCAACGAGUAUGCAAAACAUGGCAAAAUCUCCUAUCACUUGAUAAGACGAAUUUCGCUGAUGUGCACUUGCGUCAUCAAUUACUGCAAGCCAACCAUCAAGAGCAGCAGGGUGCCAACAAUUUUGCUUGUGCAAGUGUUGGUCUUAUUUUCUUAAUAAAAUCACACAACAAAGAAACUAGUCGCCAACUUUAUUAUGGAGAAUUUGAUGAGAAUCGUGAUUACCAUGAGCAGUGCAUUUGCAACACAUUAAGAAGGAUCUGCAGAAAAUUUGUAAUGAUCGACAAUCCUUCUGUUAACCAACUCACAUCAGGAGGGAUGUACUACAAGGACCUCCUUGUUGGUUCCAUCAAUGGUUUAGUUUGUUUUGCUGAACCUAAACCAAACGAUCGCAACGACAUUAUUAGAGAUCCAAUCCACAUCUUUAAUCCCAUCACUAAAGAACAUUUGCACCUUCAAGGAUUUAACGAAAAACAUGCCGUUCGUCGAAUAUAUAGUGGGUUUGGUUACAAUCAUCAAACGAAUGAGUACAAGGUCGUUAGAAUCUUGUCUAGCGAUGAUUCCAAGAAUGGAGAUAUCGAAGUACACACUCUUGGCCGUAGUAAUAGAUGGAGAAACAUAGGGGUAAUCAACAAUUGUUUCAGUUCAGCAUAUGGUGUCUUUGCUAAUGGAGCUCUUCUUUGGUUAGACAUCAAAGAAGAAGAAAUAAUGGCCUUCAAUUUGUCAGAUGAGAAGUUUCAUGCCAUACAACUGGGGGAGCUUUCUUAUCGUGCAUAUUGUGGGAGAAUAUCUAUUCUCAGAACGUUUGGGGAGUGGUUGUUUGUUAGUAGCCACGAAAGAUACAAGCCUAAAUGUUUAGAUAUAUGGGCACUGAAGAAGACGUUGCCAUCAGAAAGAAGUACCGGUACAAAUGCUCCAACUACCAGUAAUGAUCAGAACGAGUCUUUGAGCUGGUGUAAGGAGUUCAGUAUAACUCCGGAAAAUUCAUCAUCCCCUUAG